AAUUCCUCAAAGAUUUCCACUCUCUAUAUCAUACAUCAUAUAUAUAUGCGUCUCAUUCAUUCGCGUCUAAUCGAGAUUUAGGGUUUUACAUUCGCCCAAACUUCAGCAUUCUCUAUCGCGCGGCGUUUUUUGUAUUUCUAGGGUUUUCACUUCGUCUAUCGUAUUAUGGCCGGAAAAACCGUCUUAACAGACGAUGAAGAGGAGCUGGAAGUUGAGGAAGAGGAUAGGGACGAAGAACCGGAAGGCGAUGCCGUUGAUCCCGAAGAUCGUGAUGAGGACGAUGAUGAAGAAGAGGAAGAAGGAGAUGAUGAGUACGAGAAAGAUGGUUUCAUAGUGGAUGAUGUUGAUGAAGAUGAUCAAGAUGGAGAGGAGGAUAGGGCGGAUAGUGAUGAGGAGAGGAAAAGGAAGAAAAAACGGAAGAAAAGAGAGUCAGAGAAGAACUAUGUUCUUGAUGAAGAUGAUUAUGAGCUUCUUGAAGAUAAUGUUGGCUUUCGACGUCCAAAAGCUGAGAGUAAAAAGUUUAAACGGCUAAAGAAAGCGAGGGACGAUGCUGACGAAGGGCCAUCUAUAUUUUCUGAUGAAGAUGAUUACGAGGGAACUGAAAAGGGUAUUGAGCGUAGUUUAUUCGAUGACGAUGGGGGUCAACGUUAUAAUGAUAUUGAUGGAGAUGAUCAACCUGAAGAUGGAGAAGCUCGUGAGAUUGGUGGAGAUGAUGAUAACAUGUCUGACUUCAUUGUUAGCGAAGAUGAUGUAGAUGAACAUGGAGAAAUAAUAAGGAGGAGGACGAAGGUUAAAAAAAAGUCUAGGCAUGCCCCUGGAGUUUCCUCUAGUGCAAUGCAGGAGGCUUAUGACAUAUUUGGUGAUGUGGAUGAGUUCUUGAAGCAACGCAAAGAAGGGCUAGAAAGGAGCAAUAGGUAUGAUGAAAAUGGUGAAUGGAGGGAAAGGAGGCUAGAAGAUGAAUUUGAACCAAUUAUUCUUUCUGAGAAGUACAUGACUGAAGACGAUGGUCGUAUCCGGGAUAUAGAUAUUCCUGAAAGAAUGCAGAUCUCUGAACAAAGCACUGGUGCGCCACCAACGGAUGAAAUGAGUAUAGAUGAUGAGGGCAACUGGAUUUUCAAUCAACUCGGGCAUGAGCUGGGAGUACUUAAAAGAGACAUUAUUAGUUUUUUGGAACUUAGGCAUCUGCAGAAAUUAGAUGUGCCGUUUAUUGCUAUGUAUCGGAAGGAGAAGUGCAGGAGUCUUUUUAUGGAUGUAGAGUUACAAACUGACGAGGCGAAUAAAAAUAGCUCUGAGAAGAAACCCACAAUUAGAUGGCACAGGUUACUUUGGGACAUUUUGGAGUUAGACAGGAAGUGGUUAUUGCUUCAGAAACGGAAAAGUGCUCUAGAGCUUUACUAUAACAAGCGAUUUGAAGAAGAACGAAGCAUAUACGAUGAAAGCCGCCUUCAUUUGAAUCAGAUACUGUUUGAUUCAAUAACAAAGUCCCUCAAAGUUGCUGAGUCAGAAAGAGAAAUCGAUGAUGUUGAUUUAAAAUUUAAUCUGCAUUUCCCCCCUGGUGAUACUGGUGUGGAUGAAGGACAGUUCAAGAGACCCAAGAGGAAAUCCCAGUAUAGCUUUUGCAGCAAAGCUGGACUAUGGGAGGCUGCUAGCAAGUUUGGCUAUAGCUCUGAAGAGUUUGGAUUGCUGAUUUCUCUUGAACAAAUGAGGACGGCUGAACUGGAAGAUGCAAAGGAAACACCAGAAGAGGUGGCAUCAAGAUUUACAUGUGCAAUGUUUGCAGAUCCUCAGGCUGUCCUCAGAGGCGCUAGGCAUAUGGCGGCAGUUGAAAUUAGCUGUGAGCCGUGCGUUAGGAGACAUGUUCGUAGCAUCUUCAUGGAUAAUGCGGUGGUGUCGACUAGUCCUACUGCUGAUGGCAAUUUGUCCAUAGAUUCACAUCAUCAAUUUGCAGGGAUCAAGUGGUUGAAGGACAAGCCUUUGACAAGAUUUGAUGAUGCACAAUGGCUUCUUAUUCAAAAGGCUGAAGAGGAGAAGCUUAUCCAAGUGUCCCUAAAGCUUCCAGCAUCUAUCCACAAGAAAUUAUUUGAUGAUGCUCAUGAAUACUAUCUUAGUGAUGGAGUUAGCAAAUCAGCUCAAUUGUGGAAUGAACAAAGAAAACAGAUAAUAAAAGACGCAUUUGAUGGUUUGCUUUUACCAUCUAUGGCAAAAGAGGCAAGGGCCUUGCUGACCAGUAGAGCCAAAAGCUGGUUACUCAAGGAAUAUGGAAGACUGUUAUGGGACAAAGUAUCUGUAGCACCUUAUCAGAAGAAGGAACGUGAUGGCCAUUUCUCCUAUGAUUAUGAAGAUGCUCCAAGAGUUAUGGCAUGCUGUUGGGGUCCAGGGAAUCCCGCAACAACAUUUGUGAUGUUGGAUUCACAUGGGGAGGUCCUUGAUGUGCUUUAUGCUGGUUCUAUUAACUUGCGUGGUCAAAGUGCUAAUGAUCAGCAACGGAGAGAUAACGAUCGAGAACGGCUCACGAAGUUUUUGACGGAUCAUCAACCUAGCGUUGUUGCUCUCGGAGCUGUAAAUUUGUCCUGUCCUAAGCUCUCGGAGGAUAUUUAUGGGAUCUUUAGCGAUAUAGUGAAUGAUACCCCAUCAGUGGUCAGAAGUGAAAUGGAUACUUUGGAUGUUGUCUAUGCUGACGAGACACUCCCACACUUGUAUGAAAAUUCUCGUAUAUCAUCUGAUCAACUUCAACCACAACCUGGCAUUGUUAAGCGUGCUGUGGCCCUUGGGCGGUACCUUCAAAAUCCAUUAGCAAUGGUUGCUACCUUAUGUGGACCAGCAAAGGAGAUCUUAUCGUGGAAACUUAGCCCUUUAGAAAGCUUCCUGACUCCAGAUGAAAAGUAUGGCAUGGUUGAGCAAGUUAUGAUAGAUGCCACUAACCAAGUCGGCCUUGAUGUAAAUUUAGCCAUAAGCCACGAAUGGUUAUUUGCUCCUCUACAGUUCAUUUCCGGUCUUGGGCCUCGAAAAGCAGCCUUUCUACAAAGGUCCUUGGUUAGGGCUGGUUCGAUAUAUGUUCGUAAGGACCUGUUGACCCAUGGUCUUGGCAAAAAGGUGUUUGUAAAUGCAGUUGGGUUCUUACGUGUUCGUCGAAGUGGAAACGCUGCUAGCAGUAGUCAAUUCAUUGACUUAUUGGAUGAUACCAGAAUUCAUCCGGAAUCAUACUCCCUUGCACAAGAGUUGGCUAAAGAUAUGUACACUCAUGAUGCAGGAGAUGAUGUACAAGAGGAUGAGGAUAUGCUUGAAAUGGCGAUAGAGCAUGUGAGAGAAAACCCAAUUUCAUUGAAGGGACUCCAGAUUGAUGCAUAUGCAAGAGAUAAGAAACGCGAGAAUAUAAAAGACACUCUUUAUCAUAUACAAUUGGAGUUGAUACAAGGUUUUCAAGACUGGCGAAGACCGUAUGUUGCACCAAAUAAAGACGAAGCGUUUUAUAUGCUUUCUGGGGAGACUGAAGAAACACUUUCUGAGGGCAAAAUCGUUCAAGUGACUGUUCGUAGGGUUCAACCUGAGAGAGCUGUAUGUUAUCUUGAGUCAGGGUUGACUGGUAUGCUUAGUAAAGAAGACUACAGUGAUGACCGUAGGGACAUCGAUUUGACUGAGAGGUUGAAUGAAGGUGAUAUUUUAACUUGUAAAAUAAAAGCAAUUGAUACAAAUCGGCCAAAGGUGUUCUUGAGUUGUAGAGGCAAUGAUGUAAGGACCAACCGUUCUCAAAACUUUAGAACCAUGGAUCCUUAUUACCAUGAAGACCGUGACAAUUCAGAAAUUGACAAAGAAAAAGCUCGUAAAGCUAAAGAGUUGGCAAAGAAGCAUUUUAAGUCAAGAAUGAUUGUUCACCCACACUUCAAAAAUAUUACAGCUGAUGAAGCAAUGGAGAUGCUGUCUGACAAGGAACCUGGUGCGAGUAUUGUUCGUCCUAGUUCUCGUGGGACCUCAUACUUGACUUUGACACUCAAAAUCUAUGAGGGUGUUUACGCCCACAAAGAUAUUAUUGAAGGUGGAAAGGAAAACAAGGACUUUACAAGUGUUUUGUGCCUCGGUAAAACGUUAAAAAUAGGAGAAGAUGUAUUUGAAGAUCUAGACGAGGUAAUGGAUCGUUAUGUUGAUCCAUUAGUAACUCACUUAAAGACAAUGCUGGCUUACCGCAAGUUUAGAGAUGGAGGGAAAGCCGAAGUUGAUGAGAGUUUAAGGAAAGAAAAAAUUGAAAAUCCAUCAAGAAUUGUUUACUCUUUUGGAAUAUCUCAUGAACAUCCAGGCACAUUUAUUUUAACAUACAUAAGAAGUUCGAAUCCACAUCAUGAGUAUGUUGGAUUGUAUCCAAAGGGUUUCAAAUUCCGCAAGAAGAUGUUUGAGGAAAUUGACAGGCUUGUGUCUUAUUUUCAAAGACACAUUGAUGAUCCACAUGAUGUGGGGCCUUCUAUUAGGUCUGUUGCUGCCAUGGUGCCAAUGCGCAGCCCAGCAGCUGGUGGUUCUAGUGGCUAUGGUGGUGGUUCAAAUAGCAACGGUGGUGGCUAUAGAGGCUCCUCUGGAGAUCGUGAAAGGACAUCCACUCCAAGCUUUAGAAGUGGUAGAAGUGAUUACAGGAAUGGUGGUAGUCACGAUGCACAUCCAAGUGGUCUGCCGAGACCUUACCGUGGACGGGGCAGAGGACGCGGGUCAUACAACCACCGAGGAAGUGAGGGUGGAAAUGGAAGGUCUAGAGAUGUGGAAGAUGAGUGGGGCAGUAGUGCUGGGUGGGCCAGUGGGUGGUAGCCUAGAUUUGCAUCUACAAUUUGGCUUAAACUGGAACAUUGUAUUUACUAAAUAACAAUAUUUUUUGUUCCUUUGUACCACAAUAAUUUAGAUUUGAAAUUUUGUUCUGGCUUGAA